ACGGAACUCGAGACAGGGGACAACUCUAUCCCCCGAAGCGGCCGUGAAACCCUAGCCUGGGAGGCCCCCGCCCUUCCUCGGAGCGGCUGCUCGGAGGCACGGGUCUUCUCCUAAACCUGCAGCGACGCCCCCGGCGUGGGCACAAAGGCUCCGACGGCGGCCGGCGGGGGCUGCCCAGCGCCCGGGAGCCGGCGCCAGAGGUCGCCUGCGCGCGCCCUAGCCGAGCCCCGGGCACCAUGCCGCGGCGCCUGCAGCCCCGGGGCGCGGGCACAAAAGGCCCUCCGGCCCCGGCCCCGGCAGCUUCGGGGGCCGCCCGGAACUCCCACUCUGCCGCCUCCCGGGACCCCCCAGCGUCUGCCAAGCCGCUGCUGCGCUGGGACGAGGUGCCCGACGACUUCGUGGAGUGCUUCAUCCUGUCGGGCUACCGGCGUCUGCCGUGCACGGCCCAGGAGUGCCUAGCCUCGGUGCUGAAGCCUACCAACGAGACGCUCAACUUCUGGACGCACUUCAUCCCGCUGCUGCUGUUCCUGAGCAAGUUCUGCCGUCUGUUCUUCCUGAGCGGCGGCGACGUGCCCUUCCACCACCCGUGGCUGCUACCGUUGUGGUGCUACGCGUCGGGAGUGCUGCUGACCUUCGCCAUGAGCUGCACGGCGCACGUGUUCAGCUGCCUGUCGCUGCGCCUGCGCGCCGCCUUCUUCUACCUGGACUACGCGUCCAUCAGCUACUACGGCUUCGGCAGCACGGUGGCCUACUACUACUACCUGUUGCCAGGCCUCAGCUUGCUGGAUGCCAGAGUCAUGACUCCAUACUUGCAGCAGCGCCUGGGCUGGCACGUGGACUGCACGCGCCUUAUCGCCGCCUACCGCGCCCUGGUGCUGCCUGUGGCCUUCGUGCUGGCGGUGGCUUGCACAGUGGCCUGCUGCAAGAGCCGUACCGACUGGUGUACCUACCCGUUCGCGCUGCGCACCUUCGUCUUCGUCAUGCCGCUCAGCAUGGCCUGCCCCAUUAUGCUCGAGAGCUGGCUCUUUGACCUGCGUGGGGAGAACCCCACACUCUUCGUGCACUUCUACCGCCGCUACUUCUGGCUGGUGGUGGCCGCCUUCUUCAACGUGAGCAAGAUCCCCGAGCGCAUCCAGCCGGGUCUUUUCGACAUUAUCGGCCACAGCCACCAGCUCUUCCACAUCUUCACCUUCCUCAGCAUCUACGACCAGGUGUACUACGUAGAAGAGGGCCUGCGCCAGUUCCUCCAGGCGCCGCCUGCCGCACCCACUUUCUCGGGUACUGUGGGCUACAUGCUGCUGCUGGUGGUCUGCCUGGGGCUGGUCAUCAGGAAGUUCCUAAACAGCUCCGAAUUCUGCAGUAAAAAGUGAGCCUCCGCCUUGGAGGAGACUACUGGUUCGCCCAUCUGUUUGGAGUUUCUGUUGUUGCUAUUGUUGGUUUGUUUUCAAAUUUCAUUGUGUUUUUUUCUUUGCUCAAGGAAGGUGCUGCAAAACCAUAGGGAAAAAGUUCACUGCUACAAAGGGAUCCCAACCCACUGGAGGCUUUGAAGUAGGGAGGUUGGCAGGGGUGGUCAAGCGGGAGGGAGAUAGUCACUUGUUCUUGCCCCUGGAAAAAAUUCAGGUGAUGUCUUUGACAUCCAGGGAUUUCUCAAAGGCAGUGAGUAAAAUCCCAAAUAAAGCCCCAAAGAGUUUGCUUUUCCAAUCAUCUGUGCCAUUGGUAAUAAGGAGUAGCCCCUGUGAGGUCAGGUACACCGUAAAGAGGGUAAAUAGAAUCCUUGGGAACUUCUGUUUCAGUCUGAGGAAUGCUUGGAUUUGUCAAAAGAAUGGAGCUUUGUAGGAAACAGGCACAAAGACGCAAACCCAGGGCUUAACCUGCUAGAAAAUGCAUGGAAUGUGAACACAAGUUAAUUAUUUCAAAAUGUUUUUCAGAUGUUAUUUAAAUAGUAAUAUAUACAUUGAUUUUUCAUAAUUUAUCAAAGCCUGUGGUACGCACUGAAUUUUCUUUGUCACAUAGUUUUGAAUUUCACAGCCUUCUGCAUUGCAUACACUUGAACUGGACAUCAGGGGAAGCUGCUUGAGAGUUCUCAACUACUUUCUUAAACAGUGUUUUCUGAAGGCGUGUGUCAUGAUACAACUGUGAAUUCUACCUUAGGGACUCUGGUUAAACUAUUGGUGAGGAGCUCGAGUGGUUUGUAUAGACCCCAGAUUUUUGUUUACUUUAAUGUAUUCCACAAAACCCAUCCUGGUUUUUGUUAGUUUGUUUUGUUUUUAAUCUUUUUUUUUUUCCUUCUCUACUUAUUUAAAUUGCCACUGGAAUAAAUGUGCCUUUUGAAGCAAA